CGCAGAAAGCAGAAGAGAGGAAGGAAGUCAUCAACAACAUUCAACCACACAUGCACACGCCAAUGACUGUUUCUUCUUCUAUUUUAUUUAAUCUCCCUUUGAUUCGCUUCAGAUCUCUUUCCCUUCUCUCUUCUUCCCGUCUUCCUCUGUCAUCGCUCCGAUCCAUUUCCAUUUCACCGAGAAAGUUUCGAGCUUUCUCCACAAUGACGACGACCGAUGCUAAAGAUGCUGGAAUGGAUGAUGUUCAGAGACGCCUCAUGUUCGAGGACGAAUGCAUUCUUGUUGACGAAACUGAUCGUGUUGUUGGGUUUGACACCAAAUAUAACUGUCAUCUGAUGGAAAAUAUUGAAGCUGAGAAUUUGCUUCACAGGGCUUUUAGUGUGUUUUUAUUCAACUCCAACUAUGAGCUGCUUCUCCAGCAAAGGUCGAAAGCAAAGGUGACCUUCCCUCUAGUGUGGACCAACACUUGUUGCAGCCAUCCUCUUCACCGUGACUCUGAGCUUAUCGAGGAAAAUGCACUCGGAGUGAGGAAUGCUGCACAGAGAAAGCUUCUUGACGAGCUCGGUAUCGUAGCUGAAGAUGUGCCAGUGGAAGAGUUCACUCCCUUGGGACGUAUGCUUUACAAGGCUCCUUCUGAUGGCAAAUGGGGAGAGCACGAACUGGACUACUUGCUCUUCAUUGUGAGGGAUGUUAAGGUCCAACCAAAUCCAGACGAAGUAGCGGAGAUAAAGUAUGUGAGCAGGGAAGAGCUGAAGGAGCUGGUGAAGAAAGCAGAUGCAGGGGAGGAAGGUUUGAAGUUGUCUCCAUGGUUCAGAUUGGUGGUGGACAAUUUCUUGAUGAAGUGGUGGGAUCACGUUGAGAAAGGAACUCUAGAUGAAGCUAUAGACAUGAAGACCAUCCACAAACUCUGAAACCUUUCCUUUUAAGUUUUUGGGAUGAUUCAAUUCUCUUGUUUGUGAUGAUAAUAAUUGAAACAUUGUAUUUGGAUAUUCCAAGGGAAUCAAGCAAUAAAGUUUCAUUUCUUAUUUGGAUU